GUUGCUGCAGCAGCUGCCAGGAUACCUUUUGCAUUGCUCUGCUGUCUUUCCAGGCCUCUCCUGGACCAAAGGACUGCUCACCAUGAAGCUGCUCGCCCACAUCCUGUGUCUCUGCCUGGCUCUGGCAUUGGCUCAGUCGCAAGAAGCACAUGCAUCAGCUGUCCUUGACCGCUGUGAAGGCCUUGAGAUGGAUGCUGUUGCAGUGAACGAAGAGGGAAUCCCAUACUUUUUCAAGGGUGAUCAUCUGUUCAAGGGGUUCCAUGGCAAAGCAGAGCUGUCCAAUGAGUCCUUCGCUGAGUUGGAUGACCAUCACCACCUGGGCCAUGUAGAUGCUGCUUUCCGCAUGCAUUACGAGGACAGUCCCUCCGACCACGAUCACAUGUUCUUCUUCUUGGACAAUAAGGUGUUCAGCUAUUACCAACACAAGCUGGAGGACGGCUACCCCAAGGACAUCUCCGAAGUCUUCCCUGGAAUCCCUGACCACCUGGAUGCUGCCGUGGAGUGUCCCAAGUCAGAGUGUGAUGAAGACUCUGUCAUCUUCUUCAAGGGAAAUGACAUCUACCACUACAACGUCAAAACCAAGACUGUAGAUGAUAAAAAGUUCAAGUCCAUGCCAAACUGCACGUCUGCUUUCCGCUUUAUGGAGCACUAUUAUUGUUUCCAUGGACACAUGUUCUCCAAGUUUGAUCCAAAGACCGGCGAGGUGCAUGGCAAAUACCCCAAAGAGGCACGCGACUACUUCAUGAGAUGUUCCAAGUUUAGCGAAGAGAGCGACCACGUGGAGAGAGAGCGCUGCAGCCGUGUUCACCUGGAUGCCAUCACAUCUGACAAUGCUGGGAACAUGUAUGCCUUCAGAGGUCACCAUUUCCUCCGUAAAGAUGAGGGCAAUGACACACUGAAGGCGGACACCAUCGAGAAUGCCUUCAAGGAGCUCCACAGUGAGGUGGACGCUGUUUUCUCUUAUGAGGAUCACCUUUACAUGAUCAAGGAUGAACAUUUAUUUGUUUACAAAGUUGGUGAGCCCCACACCCACCUGGACGGUUACCCCAAGUCUGUGAAGGAGGAGCUGGGCAUCGAGGGUCCCAUUGAUGCCGCAUUUGUCUGCGAGGAUCAUCACAUUGCUCACAUUAUCAAAGGUCAGGACAUCUAUGAUGUGGAACUGAAGGCCAGCCCUCGUGUUGCUGGCAACAAGCGUCCAUUUUCCCUCUUCAAGAAGGUUGAUGCUGCCAUGUGUGGUCCUGGAGGAGUUACGGUGAUCGUAGGCAACCACUUCUACCGCUUUGAAAGCCUCAUGGUGUUUAUUGUUGGCAGGGCCCUGCCUGAGCAGCACAAGGUAUCCCUGGAGCUGUUCGGCUGUGAUCACUAAGAGGCUUGUUUGACAGGACUGAAUGGAUUGUGCAGAACGUCACAUACAACAUGGUGAAACAUGGAAAAACAACAGCACCAACAAUUUCAUGCAGGAGGACCCUAACAACAAGUCACUAAGCUUUUGACUACAUGUGCUUACAGACAAUGAUGCAAUGUUUCAUACUAGUUGUUUCCCUUCAGUGUCUUACCUUAAAAUAACAGUGGUCCUCUGUGUAAAGUGUGCUACCAUGAAGUUAAAGGGUAUUACAUGUUUUUCUGUGAUUCAUUUUGUAGUGUUGUUGUGAAUAAAGAGGAGAGGUAACAAACAA